CUGUUCAGGAAAGAGACACUUUUUGCAGAGCCUGUUGGUCCAGAGGGACUGAUCGCGAACAACUGUGUAUGGCAUCCUGAUCACUUCCGUUGCUCGCGCUGUGCAGCAGUGAUAACUCGGGAUUAUUACAUGCAUGAGGGCGAUGUGAUGUGCCCUGGAUGUAUACUGCAGCCUCCAGGCCCCUGCGAUAAGUGUGGGUAUGCAAUAGCCGAAACGUAUUUGGAGGCGAUGGACCACGUCUGGCAUCAGAAAUGUUUUCUAUGCUACGGCUGUAAAAAGCCUUUUCCAAGUGCAAAGUAUUGGCUAUUGGAUGGACAGCCGUAUGAUAAUGACUGCUACUGGGGUGCAAGACUUAAUGGAUACUGCCCUGCAAAGUGACC